AUGCUGUCGGAGAGUUUGAAAGAUGCUAGGAAAAGCGAGCGGCAAAUUACAGUUUGUUGGAUAGACUUAGAGAACGCGUUCGGGUCGAUACAACACGAGUUGAUGCUAUUCGCGCUUAGAUGGUAUAACUUUCCACCCUUAGUUAGCGAUAUGAUUGCGUCGUAUUACUCAAAAUUAAAGUUUUCUAUUAUAACUAAAGAAGGCCCUUCAAAAAUAGAUAAACUUAUCAGCAAUGAGAAAAAAUGGGGGUAUCGGUUUAAGUUCAAUAACAAAUACACGGAAUCCAUUUUAGCCUUCGCUGACGAUCUCGCAAUACUGACACGUCACCCCAAACACUGUCAAGUACUAUUGGAUGAAGUGGAUAAAUUCUGUGAGUGGACGGAUGGAUUGAGGACAAAACCAAAUGCAGGCGUCAUAAAGAUGUUGAAGUUGUGGCUCGGGCUCGCGCUAACGGCUGAUUCAUCGGCUUUAUUCAGGGAUCGUAAUAGUUUUGGGAUGAAUCUAAAAAAGACCAUCGGAGCUCUACAAACACCUAAGACACUAAAAUGGCGCACCCUAAUUCAUGACUGGUCGCCAGCCUUGCUAAAAUUUUAUCUCAAUGCGUUCCAGAUGACUCUCCCAGAUCAGAGUAAUUUAGUAAGAUGGGGUAAAGGUACCGAAAAAACUUGCUAUAUCUGCGGAAAGGCAGUUGGAACUGCCAAGCAUUUGCUGGUGGGAUGUAAGGUUCUCCUGGACAGCGGUCAAUACUCGCGUCGUCACGAUAGGCUUUUAGAGAUCAUACUUUUUGUGAGAGAGGGCACCAGGGCUAUAAAAUCAAACGUCAAGCCUUACUCUAUCCUUAAAGCGGCUUCGGAUUGGACUAUCAUGAUGGAUACGUAUGAGAAACAAUACAAAAUCCCCGAGGAUAUUUGUGCGUCGGCCUCCAGACCAGACAUAUUUCUAUAUUCGCGUAUUUUAAAGCGCGUUGUGAUGAUAGAGCUUACGGUGCCUUGGGAAACCAACAUCCCCAAAGACUAUGCCAUCAAGGUCAAUAAGUAUUACGAGCUCACUAACGAACUAACUCGAAAUAGGUUCGUCGUUGAUUUGUACGCGGUAGAGGUGGGAGCGAGAGGUAUAACAGCUAAAUCUCUCUAUAACCUACUAAAAGACUUGGGCCUGUCCAGAACUAACAUUAAUUCAUUCUUAGAACGUACGUCGAAGGCAGCCCUAGUAGGUUCUUUUCAAAUUUGGUUAGGUAGGGAGAGGAACUUGGACAGUGGAGGUGAGCGUAUAACGCGCGUUAGUUAA